AACUUCACAUCUGGAGGAGAGUGGAGUAGGUUCUUUCUGAAUCGUAGAAUCGUUUGUUGAUAUUUGAUUGGAGUAACCACGAGGCUUCGCCCGUAUGCGAAGCUCGAAUAUGCCCGGUUAUGUGCCCCUCUUUAGGGACAGAAAGUGUCCGUGGAACAAUAUCAUCAUCAGUCACUUCUUCCAUUGUUGUUAAAGUGCAGAAAAAAAUUAAGAAACUAUGUCGCGUAAAACGAACAAUUUUUUUCAUAACUCUUACUUUGCUGACAGUCGUUUGCCAAGGACUUCCGAUUAUCGCGCCAAACAGGGGAAAUCUGUCGAAUUCUGCUGUUUCUCAGAUGGUUGUUUUCCUCACCAAGUACGGGUACCUGCCCCCAUCCGACCCUGCUUCAGGGAGUUUGAGGACUGACAGUCAGUUGAGGGAGGCCAUCUCCACCAUGCAGCUUUAUGGGGGCUUGAAACCUACCGGCUUCAUUGAUGAAGCCACCAUAGAACUGAUGCAGCGUAAGCGCUGUGGUGUGUCCGAUAUUAUACAGGGAGGACUCUACAGGGUCAAACGAUAUGCAAUACAAGGGCAGAAGUGGCCCAUUACCAACCUCACGUGGAGCGUCAAGGGCCGGGACUCAGCGGCAGACAUCCGCAUGGUUCGUUCCCAGUUGCGCAAGGCUUUCCAAGUGUGGAGCGCCGCUUCUGCCCUCACAUUCGAGGAGGUUCAAGGACAAUCGGCCGACAUACUGGUGUCUUUCUUGAAAGGACAACACGGAGACGGAUAUCCUUUCGAUGGUGAAGGCGCUGUGUUGGCCCAUGCAUUCUUCCCUGGAGAAGGAAUUGGAGGAGAUGCCCAUUUCGAUGCAGACGAGAGGUGGCUAUCCUCGCAGCCUGAGGAUGAAGACGAGGGUGUUAAUUUGUUCGCCGUGGCUGCACACGAGAUUGGUCAUUCUUUAGGGUUAUCUCACUCGUCUACGCCAGGGUCUCUCAUGUUUCCUUAUUAUCAGGUGAUGGGAGAAUACUUCACUUUGCCCAAAGACGACGCGGAUGGUAUUAGACAUCUUUAUGGCUACAAAGAUCCAGACAGCCAACCAACCAUGCCACCGAUUAUACCUAGUACUACUCCCCAAACUACCUCAACGAAAAGGGGUAAAUAUUUUACUAGUAGGCAGACUACUCCCAAACCUCACAAAACAACGAAAAGUCCCCCUGUUCAACCUCAAGUGCCUGACAUGUGCAAUACAUCUAUAGAUGCUAUAUCUGUCAUAAGAAGGGAGGCUUUUAUAUUCAAAGGAAGACAUUUUUGGCGCAUGGAUAUGAACCGAACAGUAAAAGCUGGUUAUCCAGUACUUAUUGAACGAUUUUGGCAUACAUUACCAAUUGAUAUUGAAAAAGUAGAUGCAGUCUAUGAGCGACCCAUAGAUACAAAAAUAGUUUUCUUUACUGGGAAAAAAUUCUGGUUGUUCUCUGCAAAUCAACUUGAGUCAGGUUAUCCUCGACCACUGACAGAUCUUGGAUUGCCCGAUGAUCUUGAACACAUUGAUGCUGCCAUGGUUUGGGGUCACAAUGGAAAAACUUACUUUUUCAGUGGCAAAGAGUAUUGGAAGUUUGAUGAAAAUGAAGGGAGAGUGGAACUGGAUUACCCACGAAGUAUCAAUUCAUGGAGAGGUGUGCCACCAAGUAUAGAUGCAGCUUUUCAAUGGACAGAUGGAAAUACCUAUUUCUUUAAAGGAACAAAAUUCUGGAAAUUCAUUGACAUCAAAAUGAGGAUCCAAAGCAAAGGUCCAUCAGACAUUGGAGGGUUUUGGUUUAAGUGCCCUAGCAAGAGUAUGGAAAUUCCACAAACAACUACAACAACAACAAAUGCACCUGCAGCCAAACCUAGUAUGCCAAAUACCAGUGCCAUUCUAAAAAUGUCAUAUUUAUAUUGGUUAAUACUGGUGACUUUCUUAAUGUAUUAUAAAAAACAACAUGUUUAAUAAUUACUGAAUUUUGGUUUUAUAAAUUAAGAAAAAAAUAAUUAGUACUAUAUGUAUCAAUAAUAUUAACAUUAAUUUCUUAGUAAAAUAUGAAAUCGGUUUUAAUUAAAAUUUUACUCAAGCAUAAUUCAAAAAUACCAAAUUGUAAUUUAACCAAAUUGUAAUUUACAAGUUACUGCUAAUGAUUCAUACACAUUUUUAUUUUUUGUAUUAAAUGGUUAAAAAAUUGAUUUUAAUUAAAAUUAAGUAAUUACUUUUAAUGGUUAAAAAAACUACUAGAAAUUUUAUUCAUUAAAUCAUUUCCAGUUUUCAAUGCAGCGUUUUAGAAAUAUUCUGUUUAGAAU